AUGUCCGCUGCCGCGGCGCUCCGGCCGACCGAGCCACUUCCCCUCCCGAGCGGGCUCUCCCUCUCGCCGCGCCUCAAGCUUCUGCUCACAUUCUUCCGCGCCGACCUCACCGUCCGGCCCCUCGACGAGUGGCAGCUCAAGUCCGCCCUCCUCGCCUUCCUCCGCGACCCGCCUCUCUCCCUCCCGCUCCUCCCCGACUCUGAUCUCUCCGUGAGCCGCCUCCCUGACCUCCAGAAGCGCCGCCGCGAGGAGCCCGUAGCAUCUGGGCUCCUCCACGUCCGCGACCUCUCCUUCCUCCGCCCCCGCGAGGGCGACGGCGAGACCGAGGAGAUGACCCGGGAGCAGGAGGAGGAGAAGUACUUCGAGUGGCGGAGCACCCUGGUCCAGAAGCUCGAAGGCAUCGAGCUCAACCUCGAGGGGGUGAAGUUCCGGAUGACCGUUGAGAUCCCGUCGUCCGACGACUUCAGAACUAUGAAGAAGACAUGGGAGGAUUUCUACUCCUCCGAGCUACUGAAUAGCAGUAUGAACUGGUUCCUGUAUCGUGUUUUCUUGAUUGCAUUGCUGGCUUAG